AUGGCCAUUGCCCUAUCUUGUCGUAUCCCAGCUGGCCUGAUGAGCCCCGAUAUUGUAAAAAGGCCUCGUCGUCAAGGGGAUAUGGAUGGACUCAAAGCAUGUUUGGCAGAACGAGCAAAUGUUGGCAGACAGAAAAGACGCAUUUCAAAGUGUGUUUUAUACUAUAAAGCUCGGUUGUUUCAUCCAAAAUCGAACCGCAACUUACUAGGAAUGAAGUUGAUAAGCGCCCCCUGGGUCACAGCUGGGGUCAUAUUCCUGCUGGGUUCAUUCACAUUUGCUGAAGAACAGGAUCCUGAAGCUCUUGUAGCUUAUGGUGACCUCGAAUCAGCAGAAAGCAAGAAAGCUGACCUCCAAAUAGCAGCAACUGGUUACGGUGGGCACGGAGGAGGAGGAGGAGGUGGUGGUGGUUACGGUGGACACGGAGGAGGUGGUGGUGGUUACGGUGGACACGGAGGAGGUGGUGGUGGUGGUUACGGUGGGCACGGAGGAGGAGGGGGUGGUGGUAUAGGACCCGGUGGAAAGGGUGCCAUUAGUUACGGGAAGUCCCACCAGGCUAAUAAUGGUUAUGGUGACUAUGGGGGUCAUUACAAACAUGGGGGGAAAGACUACAAGAGUAGUGAUGAUUACGGAGGAAAGCACAAAUAUGGAAAGGGGGGUCAUUACUAUGACAAAUACGGCAAGGAUAACCACGGGCACUACAAGAACGGGGGACUUGUAGGGAAAAAAUACGGCUCGGACAAGUACGGGGGUAAAGGAAACAAGGGAGGGAAGAUUGGUAGCGAAUACGACAAAGAUUAUGGCCACAAGAAAAAAGGUUUCAAGAACAUUUACCACAAAGAGGAAUAUGGCGACAAGAAGGCGUAUUUCGACGAAUACAAAGAUAAGGACUAUGGUAAGAAAUACAAGGACUUUCAUGAUUACUAUGAUCACCAUGCCGGUAAGAAACACAAGAAAUAUGACGACAAAAAGUACCAUGACAACAAAAAGUACGGAGACGAUUACCACAAAUACGGAAAAGGGGGCUACGACAACUAUUAUGGAAAUGAUAAUAAAAAUGGUGGCAAAUAUUAUAAGGGUGGUUAUGGGCAGAAACAAGGUGGAGGAGGUUAUCAGAAAGGAAGUUACAGUGGCCAUAAAAUUGGUGGUCGUGGUGGCGGAGGAGGUGGUGGUCAUGGGGGAGGAGGCGGUCACGGAGGUCAUGGAGGAGGCGGUGGUCACGGAGGUUAUGGAGGAGGAGGCGGUCACAGAGGAUAUGGAGGAGGCGGUGGUCACAGAGGUUAUGGAGGGGGUGGUCACUGA